CCUCCGACGUCUACGUCAACAGCCGCGAGAACAUGGACUCGAGUGGCGUGUUCACCGACAUGGACUCGGGGCCGCGCCCAGACGAGGAGAGCGAGACGGGGGCGCCGCAGGCCCCCAGCGACGCGCCCACGCCCACUGACAGCAGCAAAUGCGCCUCCGACAACAGCCAGCAGCCCAAGCAGGGGGCGCAGCCCCUCGCAGCGCCCAAGAAGCCGCCCAAGCCGCAGCCGGGCGAGAAGCGCCCCGUGAAGAAGCCGGUCAACAAGUGGGACGCGGUGAUGAGCAAAAUCUCCAAGGGCGACGACCCGAAGGGCCGCCUCAAGGAGGUCAAGGCCAAGGUGUACGAGGCGCCCAAGGUGAAGAAGCCGCUGGUGGCGAAGCGGGCGACCGCCAGCCGCCCCCGGGCCGCCGCCGCCCCGCCCAGUCGCAGUCCAGGUGCGACGAAGAAGAGCGCGCCAGUGACGCAGGUGCUGACGCCUAGGGAGCUGGCCGCCAAGCAGCAGGCCGACGGCGAGUCCAAGGGCGGGGCAAGGGCAAACCACGCCCCAAUCGGCGCUGUUGCCGGCAGGAAGACGCCCAAGGACACGACGUCGCCCAAGCCGCGCAAAGGUGAGUGAGUCGGCAACGGCGCCACUGCGCCGCAAAGGGGCCGCGUUCGCGAACGUGUCGGCGCUUCACAGUCGAUGCACAAGCGGAUCGGGGCAUCUUCGCGCUCGGCCAAAACGAGAAAGUCUCCAGUCGCCUGCGGCGAGUGACGAUGGGGCCCCUCAACCGCUUCCAGUCGCUCUUCAGCGCCAGUGCCGUCGACCUGAACAACAACGGGGCCAAGGGGCGCCCCCGGGACGCGCUCGCCCCGAAGCCCCGCACUGUGUGGGCCCCGUUCCGCCCCGGGCGCCGCCC